AUGGUUAUUAAGUUGGUGGUUAGAGAGUACACCCUAAACGUCGUUAGCGCCUAUGCACCGCAUGCGGGCCUAGAUGAGGAGGUUAAACGACGCUUCUGGAAGGGGUUAGAUGAGAUUGUGCGCCAGGUUCUCCCUUAUGAGAAGUUACUCAUAGGAGAGGAUUUCAAUGGUCAUAUUGGGGCGUCCACAGGUGGCUAUGGCGAGGUGCAUGGAGGCUUUGGUUUUGGGGAGAGGAACGGAGGUGGUACCUCGCUAUUGGACUUUGCUAAAGCUUUUGGGUUGGUGAUUGCGAACUCUAGCUUUCCGAAGAGGAAAGAGCAUUUGGUUACUUUUCAAAAUGCGGUAGCGAAGACUCAGAUAGACUAUCUCCUCCUAAGGAGGUGUGACAGCGAGUUGCGCAAGGACUGCAAGGUGAUUCCGAGUGAGACACUCAUGACGCAGCAUAGACUCUUGGUGCUUGACGUUGGUAUUAGUUUAAAGAGAAGGAAAAGGAUAGCUCGGGGAAAACCAAGAAUCAGGUGGGGAGCCUUGACUAAGGAUAAAGCCCAAGAGUUGGAGUGCCGGUUGUCAGCUAUGGGAGCUUGGAGGAGCAGUGGGGACACAAACACUAUGUGGUCAGCGACAGCAGACUGUAUAAGGGAGUCUGCGAGAGAGGUGUUAGGGGUCUCGACCGGUGUCUCUAGUGGGCACAAAAAGGACUGGUGGUGGAAUGAAGUGGUCGAAAUGCCUAGCUCAGUAAAUGGAGAUGAAAACAACAAUCUUGAGAACCGCGUAGAGAAUGGUGUGGCUGCUCCAGGUGUUGGUGUGACAUACGAAACCUUGAGAACGCACCAGGACCAAUUCCAGCGGACACAAUCUCACGCGACGCCCAACAAGUCAAUAUAA